AUGUCCAAAGCUAUUUUAAUCACCGGUGCGACUGGCAAGCAAGGAGGAGCCGUCAUAAGAAGUCUCCUCAAAGCCAACGCAAAUGUUGAAAUCCUCGCUCUCACACGGGACGCAAAAUCGCCUUCUGCACAAAAACUUUCUGGAUUAUCGCCAAAGAUCAAACUCGUCGUUGGGGACCUCGACCAGCCAGAGAAUAUAUUCCAGAAAGUAAAGGAAAUUACUAAACUACCAGUUUGGGGUGCAUUCAGUGUUCAGGCGGCUAUCGGAAACAAAUCCGAAGAGAAGCAAGGAAAAGAUCUCAUCACAGCAGCAAUAAACAACAAUGUUAAACAUUUCAUCUAUUCAUCUGUCGAUCGUGGUGGUGCCGCCUCCGAUAAUAGCCCAACCAAUGUCCCCCAUUUCAUCGCCAAGCACAACAUUGAACGAUUUCUUUUCGAGAAAGGCACAGAGCACGGCAUGGACUGGACGGUCCUGCGACCGGUUGCAUUCUUUGAAAACUUAGUACCUGGCUUCGUUGGGAAGGUUUUCGCAACUAGUUGGGAAUUGGCUUUGAGAAAGGAAAAGAAGUUGCAGUUGAUUGCUACUACCGAUAUUGGAUUCUUCGCGGCGGAGGCAUUCUUGAAGCCUGAUGAAUACAAGGGUCAGAAAAUCUCGUUGGCGGGCGAUGAAUUGACCUAUGACGAGUUCAAGAGUAUAUUCGAGCAGAAGACCGGGGAAAAGUUACCCACGACUUUUAAGCUUAUUGGGUCAGCCCUUAACUAUAUGGUCAAGGACUUUGGAUACAUGUUUAAGUGGUUCAAUGAUGUUGGAUAUGGGGCUGAUAUCGCCUCUCUGAGGAAGAUCAAUCCUGAGAUCAAGGAUUUUGCUACCUGGUUGGAGACUGAAAGUUUGUUUAAAAAGAAUUAG